CGGGGCCACGCCCCCCGAGUGGCAAAAACAUGGUGAACUGAAGCGGUAAAUACAGCGAGACCGGGAGAAAUGGGGAUUAUCUGAUCACGUUAAAGGCAACUGGACUCGAAAACGAUCCAUACGAGCAGCUGGAUUCCUGCAUUCCUGUGUUGAAUGCGUGGCCCGGGGCCUCGGGAUCAAGCUGGGACAUGUAAGUACUCCCAGAAAAACAUCACAAGUGCCUUCACUUUGCUGCUCUGCGCCGCUUGUGAGCACGCACGCAAACCAUCAUGGCUUCUGAGGACGGUCCCCUCUCGGCACAGUGACACUUCGACUAUACCCCGGUCCUCAACCCGACCGGCGGUGGAGUUUUAUUGGCGGGGCAGAUAGAUGAAGAGAAGGAAGGUGACCGCUGGCGCUGACCUCCUGAAAUGGGCGUGGAGCUGCUGCUCGGAGACGGAAACGAGUGCGUAAAAAGUCAGUCAACACGGGCUGUCAGCGGCGUUUGACGGUGAUGGAAAGCGGGGACGGCGAAUGCGUAAAGGUGUGCGGACUAACCCCGAGGUUUCCUCCUCUUUCCAACCCCGCAGUGUAAAGCUGGAUUGCUUCAUUUUCUUAAAGUCUUCCUAAUGUGGCAGUUGUGGGACUGAAGCACCAUGUUGGAGCCUCCAGAGCCCGGCCAGGACAUUGUGGAGUGGCUGUCCGCUCUCCGCCUCUCGCAGUACACCCAGUGUUUCCAGCAGAGAGGCUACCAAGCUGUGGAAGACUGCGCAGACCUCACCGAUGAGCGCCUCCUGGAGCUCGAAGUGCUGCCGACGGGCCACCGCAGACGCAUCCUCAGGAGCUUGGAGGCCCUGGGGCUGAAGCAGCGGAGCGGAGAGGACGACGGAGAGGACGACGCGGAGAACAGGAGCGACCGCAGGAAGCCGGCCCUGUACCCGAGACACAUCUUCCUGAAGGAUGUGAAGAGGGCGGCUUCUUGCCAGCACCAGUCCAAGGAGAGGACGGAGAAUGAUUCGGGAGGGAGUCAGACUUUGCCUCCGGGAGCAGGGCUGGGAACAGAGGCCGAGAACCCCCCGGAAAGCCGGUACGUCGUCCUGCCUAAACCGGCCCCGCGCGACCCCCGGAACAUCCAGAAACCCGCGCACGGUCCGGCCUCCGCGCGCUCCAGCAGCAGCAGCAACGAGUCGCUCUCCACUUCUGAAGGCCACUCGGACUCCUCAGAAGACCCCUUGUUCUCUGGCGUCAACUCCGUUCCCAGUCUCGCUAAAGCCCCCCUCCCACCACUGACCGAAGACAUUGGCGGUUUUCACGGUGAUAUGGUUGAAAACUCCAUUUACGAGGCUCAAUCUAGUAUAAGGAGGGCUGCAGGCACGAAGCUCACCCGCUCCUACCGACUGAGGCACCGGCCCGUUCCCAAAAUCCCCAAUGAGCCUGUCGGGCCACAUCAGGACAGGAGCGCACCGCCAUCGCAAACAACCGGCCCCGAACACCUAACCGGCUCCGAGGGUCCCACCGGUGCAAACGGCGUACAGAAAGCUCCACUUCAAAGAACCCUGACGCCCAUUGCUCCCUACGGAGAGACGUUCCUGUACAACAGCCCCGAAAGUGCUCCGGACCCGGGCGCCAAGGAGGGGCUGCAGAAGGGGUUCAAGGACAGGAUAAAGAAGCACAGAAAAAGAACGCCUCAAAAGAAAGAUUCCAAGGAAUCCAUGAGCCCACCAGCUCCGUCCAUCCAAGACCCGUGCGCAGACGAGUACUCGACGGUGGACGAGUGCGUCGGCGCUUUGCCGCAGGCCCCUUCGGACCAAGGUUACGCCGCGACCCUCGACGCCGGAGCCGGCCCUGCGGCUCCCGGCCCCAAAGACGAGUCAUUGAUCAUGGUGGAAUGCGACCUCUACUUGGAGUCCAGGGAGGCUCUGAGGGGCGCCGCUAAGGAUGCGCAGCCUGACAUUUCUCCCUACGCGUGUUUCUACGGAGCCCCCAAACGCCAGGUGCUCAAAGUGGGAUGGCUGGACAAGCUGUCCCCUCAAGGAAAAUGCGUUUUUCAAAGGAGGUGGGUGAGAUUCGACGGCGAGAGCCUGGCCUACUACAACAGCGACAAGGAGAUGUACUCCAAAGGCAUGAUCCUGGCCACCGCCAUCAGGCAGGUGCGAGGACUGGGCGACAACAAGUUUGAGGUUGUCACCUCCCUCCGGACUUUCAUAUUCCGGGCUGACAGAGAAGGGGAGCGCCAGGAGUGGAUGGAAACUCUUCAGACGGCCACGCGCCCCCCCGCCUGCGGCUCCCAGAAGCGCUCCAACAGCCUCACCCACCCCUCCUCCACAAACAAGCGAGGCUUGCUGGAGCUCCGCGGUUACAAAGGCAGAGUGCUGGUGUCCCUGGCGGGGAGUAAAGUCAGGCUCUGCAAAACAGAACAGGACUACAAAGCGGGGCUGGCCAUCGCGGAAGUGGAACUGACCGCGGCCAAUAUUAGAGACGUGGACCGCAGGGGCUUUGAGGUCAACACACCUUUCAAAAACUUCUGCUUCACGGCCGACUCAGAACGGGAGAAGGAGGAGUGGGUUGAGGCGGUCCAGGAAUCGAUCGCCGAGACGCUCUACGACUACGAAGUGGCGGAGAAGAUCUGGUUCAACGAGGCCAACAGGACCUGCGCCGACUGCCACGCCUCGGAGCCGGAGUGGGCGUCGGUCAACCUGGGCGUGGUCAUCUGUAAGAAAUGUGCAGGACAACACCGCUCCCUUGGGCCAAGUCUUUCCAAAGUGCGGAGCUUGAAGUUGGACAGCAGUAUCUGGAGCAAUGAACUAGUGGAGCUCUUCCUGGAGGUUGGGAACAAGAAUGCUAACAGUUUCUGGGCUGCUAAUCUUCCUCUGGAGGAGGAUCUUCACAGCGGGGCUUCUGCAGAGCAGCGCGCCACAUUCAUCCGCAGGAAGUACCGGGAGAGGAAAUACCGGAGGGUCCUGGAGGGCUUUUGUGACCUGGAGGAGCUCAACCAGGCGCUGUGUGCAGCUGUGGUGACGGCCGACGUGCUGCAGACCAUGGCGCUGGUGUUCAGCGGGGCAGAUGUUAUGUGCGCCACCGGGGAUCCGACCUACUCCACCCCGUACCUCUUGGCUCAGCGCGCCGGACAGAAGCUACAGAUGGAGUUCCUGCACCAGAACAAACUGUCCGAUUUCCCCAUAUUAGAGCAGUGGUCGGAGAACGCCUCAAUGUCGGACGCUUCCCUCUUCAUGGAUGGCUUCCUCUACAUCUCCUCUGGCCCUGCCAAGGCGACUCUGGAUCGACGUGGCAGAGACGACAUGACCCGGCGCUGGUGUACGUUGGAGGGAGGCUUCCUGAGUUUCUACGAGAGCGAGCGAAGCCCUUCGGCCAUCGGCAGGGUGGACGUCACUGAAGUGGUCAGCCUGGCCGUCAGCAGGACGGAGACGAUGACCGGAGCCGGGGCUGUGUUUACCGUGGAGAUGUACCUGCAGACGGAGCGAGUGCUGAUUGUCGGCGCUGAAACGCAGGAAACGCAGCACGACUGGAUCCAGGCGCUAACAAAGUGCUUCGUCCCGUCUAAGGUCGACGGGCUGGUGCGGAAAGACGUGGAGCUGAUUGGCAGGCUGCACUACAAAGAGGGCCACGACCUGUACCACUGGAGGUUGGGCUGGUUCAUGCUGGAAGGCUCUGCCCUGCACUACAGCUCGGGAGAGGAGGAGGGAGAGGAGGAAGUUCUUCAGCUCAAACAACUGCAGGAGCUCACUGUCUCCACGCACACUGAGGGUGAGGAAAAGAUCCAAGUCCUGCUGAUGGUGGAGUGCGGAAGAACAAUUUACAUCCACGGCUUCAACAAGAUUGACUUUGCGCUGUGGCACUCGGCCAUCACGCUGGCCGCUGGCACGGACGGCAAGGCGCUCGGUGACCAGCAGCUGACUAAAAAUGGCGUUCCCAUUAUACUCGACAGCUGCAUUGCUUUUGUCACGCAGUAUGGCUUGUGUCACGAAGGCAUCUACCAGAGGCCUGGGGAUCCUUGCCAAGUGGCUCACCUCCUGGAGGACUUCACCCGAGAUGCUCGUAACGUGAAGCUAAGAGAGAAGGAACACCAACUCGAGGUUGUGACGGACACCUUGAAGAGCUUUUUAUCCCAGGUGGAGGACGCACUGCUGACCAAGGAGCUCUAUCCAUACUGGGUGUCGGUUCUGGAUGAGAUGGAUGAGAAGCGGAGAGUAAAGAAGUAUUCCACCAUCAUAGGGAGUUUGCCAAAGAUAAACAGGUCAACCCUUGAGGCCCUGCUGCAGCAUCUGUACAGGAUUCAACAGUGUUCCCACCUCAACCAGAUGCCCAGCGAAAAACUGGCCUCCGUCUUCUCCUCCUGCCUGUACCAGACACGAGGACAAACCCCACAGGAAAUUAGAGUGGUCCACGACCUAAUCAGCAACUACAUCACGCUCUUCAAUGUCAAUGAAGACCAGGUGCAACAGAUGGAGAGGGAGAAUAGUUUCAUCACACGCUGGAACGACAAGAAGGACACCACAUUCUCUCCAGCUGGGGACCUGAUCUUCGAGGUGUACCUGGAAAAGAAAGAGCCGGAGAAGUGCUGCUUAAUCAAGGUCUCUCCAAGCAUGCGACCCACGGAGCUUGCAGAAACCGCCCUAAGCAUGAGGAGCAUCAAUUUUAGGCCCGAUGACCUGUGGACAACCUUCGAAGUCAUUGAGAAUGGAGAGUUAGAGCGACCGUUGCACCACAGUGAGAAGAUUCUUGAGCAGGUUUUGGAGUGGAGUACACUGGACGUCCCCAGUUCUGCUUUUCUUAUCAUAAAGAAGUUUACAGGGACCAAAAUAAUGGCUGAUGGGAAAGACGUUUCCCAACAAAGCCAGUUCGUAAGAGGCGACCACCUGAAGUUCAGCGAUGGAUCCUCCAAGCUGCUGUCAGGACACAAGUUUCAGGACAAAUAUGUCAUACUACGCACGGAGAAACUGUUCAUCUACAGAGACAUCAAAAGCACCAAGGCGGAGAAAGCCAUCCAGCUGAAGAGCGUGAAAUGUUACCUGGGCCUGAGGAAAAAGCUCAAACCUCCACCAGCCAACUGGGGCUUCACGGUCUGCACUGACAAACAACAGUGGCAUUUCUGCUGCGACAAGAGGGAGACGCAGGUCAGCUGGGUGACGGACAUCAUCAGGACGAAGUUCGGCUCUGACCUCUAUCCAAAGACCACUAACUCAAAAGAAACAGCAGAUCACAACACCUCCAGAGGACGGGCCGGGACUGAGGGCAGCAGCAUCCCACCAACCAAACACCCCGCCAGCAAACCGCUGCCAGACAGGAGGCUUCCUCUUGGAAAUGGAGACCAGAAGGCUGCCAAGGUUGCUGGUCCCCACCUCAACACCAACACCAUUGCUCCAAAGCCAAAUCCCAAUGACCUGCACAAGAUCCCAGAGGUUCCGCGCAGGAGAACCUCUGUGGACGUUUGCCCGCCCCUGAGGCUCCCUUGCCCUUCCCCUUCCUCUUCCAGACACCUACAGCCUAUGCCGUUACCCCUUCCACCUCAAAGUGGCUGUAAGACCGUCGUGAAAAGACCCGCUUUGGGGGGGGAGGGUUUGAUGCCGCCUAACCUGCUGGACGAACUCAGCUCUGUGCUGAACAAGACUGGCCGGGGUCGCAAGGACAGCGACUGACGGGAGGGGAAAUAAAAAGGACGGAGCGGUACACGUAACAGUCAAUUUGAACAAAAAGACAAACAUUACAGCCCUGAGUCGAGACAAAAAGAUGAGAAGACUGACUGCAAGACCACACGGCGUAGAUGGAAUAGCUUUCACGAGGGAUGAUCAUAGCCCAAACACUGCUUUUGAACUCGGAUAUAUAAAGACAUGCCGAUGCACAAGGGGAUGUGGAAAACAGGUGCAGGAAACAGCGGAGGUCACGUAGACCUCAGCUGGACAUGGCGCUGACCCAAGCACUACAGAAAACGUGAUUUAUAUGUCGCUCUUUGAAAGUUGCAAAAGUAUGUUCUGCUGUCAAACACCAGAAAUACUUCAAACCGCUUGCUCCAUGCUUUUAUGUUUCCCAUUGUUUUAAAAAGCCAAUUUUAACAGCACCUGAAAAGUAUUAUCCUUUUUUAAAUACUUUAUUUUUUCAUAGCACUUUUCCAGAUGGAUAAAAAAUAUAGAUAUAGAUAAAAAAUAUACUUUGACAUCCCCUUUAUUUUACAUUUGUUAGUAGCAGGGUGUUUAAAUCCUAGGCGUCUUGCAAAAAAAAAAGUCUUUGGAGUCCUGUACGGUCCUAUGAUGCUGAGUGUUAGUCAUUGAUGGACAAACUCAAGUUAUUUAUUUUUAAUUGUGUGCUAUAUUUUGAUAACAGUUAACAUUGUAACCUUUAACUGUACAUUAACUGUCAGUGUUUAAUUCUGUGGGAUACCACUUUAAACUUUGCACUGGCCGCCACUAAAUGCAAUUUUCAUGUACAGCAUAAAUAUUUUUAAUAAAUUUGCAAUAUGCGUCAA